UCCGCUCCACAAAGACCCCUGCCGGGUGGCACCUGCCGGCUUGUCUCUGUCCCGGGGAAGCUUCUCAGACCCAAGGACUCCAGAACCGCGGUCACGGCGGAGCUCCUGAGAGGGACACGGAGCGUUGUGAACCGAGGACACUCCAAGUGCUGACCCUGGGAGGCCAGCCCGGGGGCCAAAGUCGCAGAGGGCGGGGACCUCAGGAGCGUCAUUCAGCAGUUUCAGGAGGCCCAGAAAGCCCACGGACUGGCUGGGGCACUGUCCCCGCCACCAGGCCACCAUGGUCCUCGGCUGGCUGCUGCUUCUGGCAAUGGCUGUGCCCCCAGGUGCUAGGGGCGCCAAGGACUGUGCGUUCUGUGAGCUGACCGACUCCACGCAGUGCCCCGGGACCCACGUGCACUGCGGCGAGGACGAAGACUGCUUCACCGGCCACGGGGUGGCCCCGGGGCUCGGUGGCGUCAUCAACAAGGGCUGCGUGCAGUCCACGUCCUGCGGCCACGAGGAGCCCGUCAGCUACAUGGGCGUCACCUACACCCUCACCACCACGUGCUGCUCCGGCCACAUGUGCAACGGCGCCGCUGGGACCGAAAUCGGCCAGAGGGAAGGGGCCGCCGCCGCCCCCAGCCUGGUGCUGGGUGUGCUGCUCCUCCCACAUUUGCUGUGACCCACCUGAGGGGCGGGGCCUGGGACUGGGCUCCCGGGCUUCCUCUUCCCUGAGCCCCCUGCCUCCACCCCUUCCCACCCCUCAUUAAAUGCCCAGAGGCCCUGGACAGCCUCUCUCGGGCCCUGGCCUCAUCCAUUCCAGGGCUGUCCACCUGAGCUCAGGGCUCAGCGAAGCCUCUUCAGGCCUGAUUGAGUGGCAGAGAGCCAUGCUUGGUGGCUCUGACUGCACCCCCUCUUGUAUUUCAUUGGUUCUAAGAUGCAUCUCUUUUCUCAUUUUGAUCGGGAUGCUUCUUUCCAGCAGCGGCACCUUAGAGUCAAUGAAAUAUGGUUUUUUAAAAAAAAAAAGUGAAUGAUGACCAUAAUAAACAACAGUGGAUGUUUACGGA